AUGUUCAGCUCUCGCCGUGCUGCACAGCGCAUCUGUGGUGGCUGCGCGCUUGCACAGGGCUGUUUGCCAGCCUCUGCGUUGCACCCAUCACGCCCACUGCGGCUGUACGCCAAGACCCUGGCUGAUGUGACGCCGCAGAAUGCUGCGUCGCUUCAUGGCAGAGACGGCGCCAGGGACGACUUUGGUGCUGGCGACGCUGGGCGUGGGUGUCAUCGCGCUGUGGGCGGCGACCGGGAUGCGGACACACAACGCGACAACACGCAUGGUGCCCUUGUCGAAGGGGGCGAGUCAACGUACCCGGUGUCUGUUUCGCACGCGCACACUGCGGCAAAGCAGGCUACCGCCGCCCUGAAAUCGCUGUUAGGGCACUCCCGGCUGUCGUCGUCCGCCGUUGCAGCGGACACCGACGGUGAGGACCGGUUGUCCGAUGCGGAGGCGCCGGCAGCUCAUGGGCGCAUUGCGGAUGCGGACACGGUGGGUCCUGACGUGGCCGGGUCAGCUGGCGGCGAUGCCGUGGAAGGAGAUGGCGUGUCGAACGGUGAGGAGGAGCUGCUGGAGUGCGCUGAGGCCUUUGCGGAUGAGGUGGAGACGAUGGGGGUGGAGAGGGCUGCCACUGUAACCGCUGCGAAAGCGGUACCACCGUUACAAGGGACGGCAUCUCCAAAGCAGAACAGCGCAGACAGACAGCAAGCCGCAAAGCCUGAUGCUACGCCGUACAGUGUAGGAGAGCCGUUAAACCUGCAGGGGGCACGGUACUGGGGCAGCAUCGCGUCGGCCACGCGGAGCGCAGCGGAGGCACGUCGCUUUCUCUCGCCCUUCUGGGCAUCGCGGAGAGCCUUCGAGGAUGCCGGCGCGACCGUGAUGGUGGAGGAGGAGGAAGGGGUCCUGGUACACACCACUACGUUGGUGGCUGUGCGCCUGUUCAACCUGGAGCAGACGACCUUGGCCGCGGAAUACCGCGCCGCUACCGUGACCGAGGUCAUCGGGCGUCUGCGUCUGGCGAGAGAUCGCAAUAGUACCUCGUCGUACCGGAGGGGCUACGAUGCCAGUACGAAGCCGCUCAACCUCGCCGGCGGCCAUAUUUCGUUUGCGCUCACCGCGGCCAUUGUCGCUUCACUGCACUUUCCCCGCCUACAAGCGCAAUGCCCAUACUGGCUUUCCGAGCGUGAUGUGCAAGCGAUUGGUGCAACAGUGCGGCCCGAAGAGGUGGGGUGCUGCACGCUGGUGCCGCUUUCGUCUGAGUCUUGGUGGCAGAGCACGGCGGCAACGGCUGCCGACGCAGAGCUCUCGUACGACGCGCGCGCCGGCGCGGCUGCCACCUCGGUGCCGGAUGAGGAGGCCUCCACUGACACUGCACGCAGCGUCGUGCGUUACUAUAACGUUGCCCAGCUGGACGACUGUGAGAGGUUCGCGCGGUUGAACCCGCUUAGGGACAGGCUGGCGCGCUGCCUGAACCACCGCGGCAACCGCUACAACCCCUGCACCACCUGGCUCAUGUGGGAGUACUGCGCUCGCUACCACUUCCCGCUGACGGACACGCCCCUAAUCGUCUUUCUCACGAUGGGGAGGAUAUUUCAACUCGGUGGGAAAGUUGUGCAGACUAAGCGUUACCCCAUCUCGCGCACGCGCGCCGGCCGAGGGGAUGGCGCCGCCGCUGGCAGCAGCAGGAGCAGCAUCGGCAGCGCCGCCGCUGCGAGUGUGAGCAUGACACCACCAUCCUCCUCUGCUGCCGUCCCUGAUUUUGAGAAGCCCGGAGCGAUCCGCCACGGGGAGCUGGAUGUGGUGCCAGCGUGUGGCGGCGAGGACAACGUCGCGUGUAACGGACACAGCGCCCGAGGCGGUACCGAUGGCACGAGCUCCACAGCCGCCGACGUCGGAGUUGUCCCGCCACUGUUCACGAUGGUGAUUCAUGAUGAGAUAGUGAGCCUGUGCAACGCAAUGCAGACCGACAUCGCCGAUGUUGUUCUCGCUCGCGCCGGCGAGUUGCAUAAGUUCCGGUGCUGGAAGCGGUUGGCGCAACCCUAG